GAGGUAUUGAGUUGGAAUUGAUCCCACAACUCACUUUGUUGAGUUGGGGUUGCUCCCAAUCCUCCCAUACGUACGGCGCCCAACGACACCGUUCGCAUUUCCUCUCCCACAACUCACAAAACCCGGGCUCCUCGAACGCCACAUCCAAACGAAACGCAACAAAGGGAAGCUCUCCGGAGCAGAACAACAAUGGAGGAGGCCAAAGAGAACCAAAACGACAAGAGCACGUUCGAAGCCCCUCCCCAACCUCUCUCGAAGAACGCCCAGAAGAAGCUCCUGAAGCAACAGAGGUUCGAAGCAAAGAAAGCGGAGAAGAAGGCUCAAAUGAAGGAACAGAAGCGAAAGGAUGCAGAGAGGAGGCGAAAGGAGUGGGACGGCACGCUGGCUGCAGCGAGCGAGGAUGAAAGGCAGAGGCUGAUCGAGUCGCGGAGAGAGGUCAGGAAAGAGCGGAUGGAGAAGAGGUCAAAGGAGCGAGAGCGGAAGAUCGAGAGGCUCACGAAAGCCAAAGAAAUUGGACAGAAGAUUGUGAUCGAUCUCGAGUUUUCGCAUCUCAUGAGUUCCACCGAGAUUCACAGCCUCGUGCAGCAGAUUAUGUAUUGUUAUGCGGUAAAUGGACGAUGUACUUCUCCUGGUCAUCUUUGGUUGACUGGAUGCAGAGGGGAAAUGGAGCAGCAACUUCAAAGGCUCCCAGGAUUCGAUAAAUGGUUAAUUGAGAAAGAAAGUCAAUCAUAUAUUGAAGCAUUGCAAGAUCAGAAACAAAAUCUUGUAUAUCUUACGGCAGAUUCCGAAUACGUGUUAGAUGACCUUGCUUCAGAAAAGAUAUAUAUCAUUGGUGGAUUAGUGGAUCGGAAUCGGUGGAAAGGGAUAACCAUGAAGAAAGCGGAAGAACAAGGAAUCCAAACGGCAAAACUCCCCAUAGGAGAUUACUUGAAGAUGUCAAGUUCUCAGGUCCUCACUGUAAACCAAGUGAUUGAGAUUCUCAUUAAAUUUUUGGAAACAAGAGAUUGGAAGGCUUCAUUCUUUCAGGUGAUUCCUCAACGGAAAAGAUGUGAAUCAGAUAACGAAGAAAAUCAAGGGGCCGAUGAGGGAGAGUGUGAGAGCAAUGAUGAUCAAGGUGAUACGAAAAAGCACUGCAUUGAAGCCCCCUCGUCUGACUAGAAGUUUCUUACCAACCAACUGAAACUUUUAUGGUUCUACCUCAUUUUGGACCUUCUGAGCUUUUUAACAGCCUUGGUAGACCCCUACUCUUUUAAGACUCUGGAAAACUUAAUAAAUAAUUGGGAUUCUUUCGUAUAAGGAGCUUCAUAUUUUCGGUGCUCAAAAUUUAUUUCAUAUGCUGGAAUAUAAUCAAAUGAUUGCUUGAGCUUGAA